AUGAAUUGGCUAACAAAUUUUGUAUUUUUAAUAACUCUUUGCAUUAUACAUGCUGAUCAUCCAAGUAAAGUAAGUUUUUUUUAAAGUUCAUGCUAUUUUAUGUUUUUUAAAGAAAGUUCUUGCUAUUUUAUGUUUUGUAAAGAAAGUUCUUGUCAUUUAGAAUGAAGUACAAACGUUAACAAGGUUCAUUCUCCGCGGACCGUCGAGGAAUACGGGUUUGGAAUGGUUGGAGCCUUUGGUCGAUGACUUUGGGCAUAGGAUGUUGUGCCGGAAGUCACUUGAUGAGUAAGUUUUUUUUAAGAUGACAUAACAUAAGCCAUCGUAUUUUAGAGUUUGACCUGUUUUUAAAAGCUUCAAUAUUUAAUGACAGCUUAAAGGCAUUAUAACGAGAGCUUAACUUGUAAUACAUUUUUGUUUGAGACUCUUCAUCAGGUUGUUCAAAUAAUUCUGAGCCACUGUUCAAAACAAAUUUGUGAUGUUAAGGGGCACUUAAUUAGCUGAACAGUCUAAUAUUAUUAUAUAUUGUAGUAUAAUACCUCUAAACAUAAUUUUAAAUUGUUUCUCAUGGCCACUUUAGUGGGGUGGUUAAUAAUUUCUGCGCGCAGUAUAUAAUACCUACUAUAAUAUCCAUCUUUAGUGCUAUUGACUUCACCUUAGCCAGAAUUCAAGGAGAUGGCUUUGAUAAUGUUCACACUGAAGAAGCGCAAAAUAUGCCCAAUUGGGAACGUGGAGAUGAUGUUGUGACAUUGAUUGAGCCCAGAAGGCUAAAGCUGAAUAUAUUAACCAUAGCUGGAGUUGAGCCAGCUAAUGUGACUGCUGAAGCGGUGGUUUUGGAAGACUAUGAUCAGGUUAACGUAAGCCAGGAUUAGUACUAAAGUUAGAGCUCUAAGCUAGGGCUCUGAGCUAGAGCUCUGGCUAGGGCUCUGGGCUAGGGCUCUCGGGCUAGGGCUCUCGGGCUAAGGCUUUGGUCUAGAGCUAAGGCUGUGGGCUAGGGCUAGUCGAAGUAGAAAUGAAUACUGUAGUAUACUGUAACUUUCAGACUACAGACAUACAGAACAAGAUAGUAAUAUUCAAUCAAAAUUGGACCGGCUACUUUGACGAUAUCAAGUACCGUAGAGCAGCCAAAGACCUCAAAGCUCGUGGAGCAGUCGGUCUUCUAGCCAAGUCAGUGGGACCAUUUUCCAUUGGCUCACCUCAUACUGGCAGUGGUACUGACGACCACCUACCAUCAGCCUCGUUAUCAUUGGAGGAAGCCGAAAUGCUUGGCCGGUUGGCACGAAGAAACAAGACUUUGGUGAUCAAUAUGAACAUCAAGUCUAGGAACUUGCCCAAUUGCACCUCCAGAAACCUGAUAUUUGAUAUCACGGGUAGCGAGAAGCCGGAUGAGAUUGUCCUGAUCUCUGGUCACAUUGAUUCAUGGGACUUGGGCCAAGGAGCUCUAGAUGAUGGCGGAGGUUUGGCCGCUGUUUGGCAAGCGAUGAAGGUUAUAAGAGAGCUAGGUCAGACUGAUGUGAGGUUUAGGCCAAAACGGUGAGUAUUUUAAGAAAGACGAUAUGUAUGUUACAGUAAGCUUUAUAUAGUACAGUAUACGUUGCAAAAGUUUUUUAUAUUUCACCGUUUCCUACAGUACUCAACCCUACCCUACCCUACCCUACCCUAAUCUACCUUACCCUAUCCUACCCUACCCUACUCUACCCUACCUUUUACGUUUCAUUUGUGGUACUAACAGUACACAUUUUGGUACUAAUGGUACAUUUCUGGUAAUACCAGUACGAAAGGUGUCACACAACCUAACACCCCGCCCCCUGUCCUCUGCUUUAACACUGAAUAUCUUACAACAACAUUACUACAACAUUUAUUUUUCAACACAAAGAGCUUGUAUGAUCAAAGAUUACUGUAAAAGAAUUACGGUAAUAUUAUGGUCAUGACAGGGCUCAUCAGUCAUGCUUCUUCUUGUGAUGGGGGCUAGAGGACUUAUGGUGUGGACUGGACGUCUUAUUGGUAUUCUUUUUGCGUUUCUUCGAAACCCUGGGUUCACUCAUGUCUACAGUUUUUUGCUUCAUGUCCUCCAUCAGCACCUUUGGGUCUUUGCAUCUGAACAUGGAAAAUUACAUUAAAAAAGGCGGGAACUUUCUUUACAAUACAUAAAAUGGCAAGAACUUUCUUUAAAAUACAUAAAAUAGCAAGAACUUUCUUUACAAAAGGUAAAAUAGCAAGAAUUUUCUUUACAAUGCAUAAAAUGGCAAGAACUUUCUUUACAAAACAAAUUGCAAGAACUUUCUUUACAAGACAAAAAUGGCAAGAAAUUUCUUUACAAAACUUAAAAUGGCGAAAACUUUGUUUACAAAGCCUAAAAUAGCAAGAAAUUUCUUUAGAAAGUGAAAAAUGGCAAGAAAUUUGUUUACAAGGCAUAAAAUGGCAAGAACAUUCUUUACAAUAUAUAAAAUGGCAAGAACUUUGUUUACAAAACAAGAAAUGGCAAGAACUUUCUUUAAAAAGCAAAAAAACCGCGAAAACUUACUUUCCAUCUUUGCCGAAGUAGGUGAUUUUAUUCUCCUCGAUUUUGACGGUAAUCUUCUUGUGCCGAUCCUUGGCAAUCAGUCCGAAGAACUCGCAAAUGGCAUUAAUAAACUUGGUACAACAAUCUGGAUUCGACUCCUCCUUGAUCUCAAUUUGUGGCGUUCGCUCUCUCUGCUCCACCGUCAUCGUGCCACCGUUCCGAAGUAGGACCAAAAAUUUGAAAUGAAGGUUUUGAGGAAUUUGAAUCUGAAAUUGAAUUUUUAAAAUUUGAGAAAAUUGGUGGGGACUCAAAGUGAAAAAGUAAAAAUUUUAAAAAAAUUUAAAUUUAACAAAAGCUGAAUUUUGGGAGCUUCCCUGCCUUGAAUAUUGCGCUACCCUACCCUACCUUACCACACUCUUCCUUGCACUAUCCUGCCUUGGCAUACCUAGCCCUGUCUUUGCUCUGCUUUAUCCUGUGAUACACUGUCAUGCCCCGCUUUGCCCUACCUUACUCUGCCUUAUCCUGUCCUUUAUUUUUCUGUUUUGCUCUGCAAUGCCAUACCGGGCUUUGUUCUGCCCUAUUCAAAGACGUCGCUACGAUUUUUCUCUAGGGGGAGUCACCCCGAUCAUAUCCUCUCCUAGCUUAACCUAUCCCACAUAAGCCUACUUUACCAUGUCCAAUAUUUUUCUUUCCUAACCAUGACAUGCCCAAUCUUGUUUUAACCUACUGUUCUUAAACUUGACCAUACCCUAAGCACUUCCAAUUUUUUCAUACCUUACCCUACUCUACCCUCCCAGCAUUACCCUAACCCAAUUUUUCAUACCCUGCCUUAUCCUAAACCACUUUUUUCAAGUUUCUUGCCAGCCGCCUGCGUGUGCCAUUUUUACGAUAAAAAUUUAACUUAUAGUACCCAUGUAUAUUUUAUCUUUUCAGUACAAUCCGAGCAGUGUUCUGGACUGCUGAAGAGCAAGGUUUCUUUGGAGCCAAACAUUACUAUGAGCAACAUAAGGAUGGCAAUGAGAAGUUCUAUUUUGUUUCGGAAACCGACCAAGGAGCUUUCAAGCCUACUACAACAAAGUCGGUUUUCCGGUUCAAAGGGAACAGUACUCAUGUGAGUUGAUAUUAGGUUAGGUUAAAAGCUAAUUUUUAAAUUUAAAAAAAAAUUCUAUAUUUGUCACCUUCAGCGUGCCAAACUGCAUGAAAUCGUGCACAUUCUGAAGAUCAAUGGUAUACCUUUAAGUAUUCAAGACGGUGAUAUGCAAGGUGAUGUCCAAUCAUGGGCCAAUGAAGGUGUACCUUCGAUAAACUAUGUCUCUGACAAAGGCAUCGACUACUACUUCUAUUUUCACCACACUACUGGUGACUAUUUGAAUGUGUUCGAAGACGGUGAUAUCGAUUACACCGCUGCCAUCAUGGCUACAUUGGCUCAUGUCAUCGCUGGUCAGGAGAGCUGGUAG